GCACCUAUAAAUUAGUUUAAAUUUGUUAAUAAGGUUUAUUAUCAAGGACUAGCUGUAGGAGUUAGCACCAUGAAGUCGCAUUUUUUUGUCACUUUCGCCCUAUUGGCCCUCGCGGCCGUCACACGUGCUGACGACAAUGUCUGUGACGCUGACGACUCCGGCGUCGAGAGGCCCUGCCUGGACCUCGACAUCGACUGCAUCAGGGAAUACUUCUUGGAGCAUGCCGACUGCAAGGCUGUGGACAAGGCUCGUGACACCGCCAUCUACGACCUCGACUACGUCUCUGUGAACAUGCCCCUGUUCAACGUCUCCUACGAAGCCUACGAGAACACCGUCAUCUACGUCGACGCUGAUAUUGUUGAGUUCACCGUGAACGACAACAAGAAGCUGGCCGUGCUCACUGUGGAGUUCGAGAGCGUCACCAUGAACUCCAACAACGCGACGUGGCGCUACUUCCAGACCGGCAAGGAGCCCCGCGACAUCCUCACCGAGACCCUCGUCGUGUUCCCCUCUGUCUCCAUGAACAUCUACAUCUCGACUGAGACCUGGGACCUCGCCGGCAAGCGUCCCUUCACCUACGUCAACGCUGACCCCCUGCUGGAGAUUGAAGGAGAGUGUCUGGAUUACGAAGACGAGGUCUUGACGCCGUUUUUCAAGGAAUUCUUUGAGAACCUCGACGACGCGGCCGUGGAGGCGUGGCGCUACCUCGGCACCCCCGUCGGCCUCCAGUACGUGCAGGAGAACAUCUGCGACUUCGGAGUCGAAUACUGAGUGAUAAUGAUGAUAAAGAAUAAACAUACGUUUGUAAGAUAAAAAA